AAUGAGUUAAACAACCUACCACCGAGUUAAACCGCGAAGCAUCUCUAACUUUCUUCUUCUCCAAACUAAAAACACUCUCAUCACAUAAACGACACGUCGUCGAUCACCAAAACCCUAACCAACAAUGGCCACCGACAAAUCAGUCCUCGCAGUAAUCAGAGCUGCGCGACCAACCUUCCGCAACCAAAACGACAAAAUCGCUUUCGUCGUUCACUCCUCUUUCCUCGCUUCCGGUUACAUCCUCACCGCUACUGGUCCUCAAGCUCUCUCUGAUACCGCUCUUUCCAACCCCUCCAAUGAUGAGGUUUCUGUUGAUCAUUGGAAUGAGUUGAAUGAUGAAUAUGCGUUUGUUUAUGCGAAUUCGGAGAAGGAGGGUUUGAAAAAAGUGCUUGUUAAAUGUCUUGUGAUGAAUGGGAAGCUGCUUGUUCAUGCUUUGUCUGAAGGGUUUAAAGAGCCUCUGCAUCUUGAAAUCAAUGUUGCGGACUAUGCUGGAGAGGAUGGAGGUAGCAAUUUUUCUCAGCAGUUCAAGAAUUUGGACAAGCUGGUGAAGAAAAUAGAUGCUGAUAUUUUGUCAAAGUUAGAUGGUACUGCCCAUGCCAGCUCAUCAACUAAAAGCUCAAAAACUAGUGACAGCACAAGACCAGAGACAUCUGAACCUGUUCCUGGAUUUGGUGAACCUGCUGGUCCUAAUGAUUAUCACCCUGGAUUCAUUGUCCCUCCAGUUCCCGCUGGUUCUGGUAGUGAUCUUUUUCCAGGGCCUGGUGCCGGUAUGUAUCCGUCAAGGGGUGAUCAUGACUUUGGAGGCAGCAUGCUCGUAGGGCCUAAUGACCCCCGUUGGUUUAGUGGUGGUACUGGUGGAGGUAUUGGUGGAGGACCUGGUUUUAUUGGAGGAUUGCCGGGUGCUCCACCGGGUGCUCGAUUUGAUCCCAUUGGACCUCCUGGUGUCCCUGGUUUUGAGCCCAACCGAUUUGCUAGGAAUCCUAGAAGGCCAGGCUUUGAUGCUCAUCCAGAUUUGCAACAUUUCCGAAGAGACACUGAUUCAGAUUACAUAUAGUCGCAUUUAAUAUCAACACCUCUCUCUCACCUUCCAUUUCCAUAUGAAUAUGACAAUAGGAUGAUGUAAAUUUGUGAAAAUUCAAGAAUUUAGCUAUAAGUUUUUUUUGUUGUUGAAGGAAUUUAGCUAUAAGUUUCGUUUAAAUAAAGCUUUAUAUAUAAUAUUAAUCAUCAGAACAUCAGACAUAAAACUUAUUCCUCAAUUUAGUUUAUAUUCCUUGUAA